CUGCAUUCAAACCUCCUGUCCCUUCUAAUGAAUUUGAGAAACUGCUUCUUUUUCCAUGAGAAUGGAAGUAAUAUGGCAAUUGACAACAUUUUUAAUGACAACAGUACUCGAUAUCCACAUGAUUUUGGAGACCCACAUAUUGGAUCUCGUCCUCUAUUCCAAGAGGCCUCGCUAGGAAGUGAAGACUUUAGCUUUUGUAACACAGCAUCAACCAUCCAAGGACUCUCGGGGAUGUCAGACUCUGGCUGUGCUCUCUCUCUUCUGUCAUCUCAAUCAGGGAACUCUUCAAGCCAUUUGUCUGGAAUUCCCAUGGCUCGUUCUCUGGUAUUGCCAGCCAACCACAUCCAUUACAGCAUUGGUCAAGUAUCUGAAAAGCUCAUGGGAGUAAGUUCACGGGCUUCAGCUAAUGGAUUGCCUAAUAAGUUAUCUUCCACAGGAGUUAAUUCUUCUGAAGGAAGCCAGUUGUGCCCUAUAUUGCUGUCUGAUGGCAUUGAUGCCCCAAACUUUGAUAUCCCCAAUGGAAUUUACCAAGGGACAGAUUUUCUAAAUGCCAAGAACCGUAGUUCAUGUGAAGACGGACCCACAAUUGACUUGCUUCAACUAUCAUCACAGCUUCAGCGGGUUGAACAUCAAAGGCAAAUCAUGCAGGUGAAGCAGGAAAAUGAUGCCUUCUGCUGCCUCCGGAUCACUUGAGUGGUUUCAGAGAAGGCAGGAACUGAAGGGCUGAAGAUUUGGCAGUUUCCAAGAAGCGGUCACUGGAUUACCAACUAACAUCAACUCAAGCUCUGGCCAGAAGCAAGGAGAAAGUUCAAAUUCUAGUACGACUGUUGGAAAAAUUGGGAAGCCCAUGGCCUCCUUCCCCGGCACUGAAAUAUCCGAUAGCUUCAAGUUUGCGUUAAUAUGCUGUCCCUUUUAUUCUCUGAGAACAUUCUGAAAGAACUGCAUUAACAAAUACUAAUCCUCCCCGUAGAAAUAAGUUAUAAUGCAUGAUUCAUGUGCACUACAAAUUUACUUCUGCUGUAUUUGUGCCAACCAAUGGCAGCUAAAACUCCAUUUGCAUGAUUGUAUUCUUCAGUAUCAGAUUCAAAAUUACUCUCCUUUUCUACUCA